CGGUAAUGGUAUAGUAGGAUCUUGAACGUUCUAAAUAAAAAUCUUAUCAAUGUGAUAAGUAAGCGCUGAAGAGCGCAUCACCCUAAUUCGAAUGAACUGAAUGCCGAGCGCGUGCAGCCGAUUACACGCGGUGUAACAUUCGAUUCGAGAGAAAUGUCGAAGCGUAGCUUCCUCAGUGCUCUUAAAUUUGGACAUUCUUUGAGGAGUUCGAUAUCAAAAAAUACCAACAAUUUGACGCCAAGAGCAUGUCGUCGCCGAGUAGUCGUAACGGGCAUUGGAAUUGUAUCUCCUCUAGGAGUCGGCACCCGGCAUGCCUGGCAAGCACUUCUUCAAGCAAAAUGUGGUAUUGUUAAGCUCGACAGCCCGGAUUACGAAAAACUACCUUGCCGAAUCGCUGCACUAGUUCCUAAAGGAGAUGCUCCAAAUGAAUUAGAUUUAAAAACAAAAUUCACAACCAGUGAUCUACGAACAAUGUGCCCUGCUACUGCAUAUGCCUUAAUUGCUGCUGAAGAAGCUUUGACAGAUGCUAAAUGGAAACCACAAAAUGAAGAAGAGAAACGAGAUACUGGUGUUGCUGUUGGAAUAGGAAUGAUUGAUUUAGUUGAUGUCUGCACAACAAAUGAAAUGUUAAAAAAAGGAUACUCCAAAGUUAGCCCAUACUUUGUACCUCGACUUCUUCCCAAUAUGGCUGCUGGUCAAAUUAGUAUUAAAUAUGGAUUUCGAGGACCAAAUCAUUCAGUAUCUACAGCUUGUGCAACAGGAGCACAUGCUAUUGGUGAUGCUUUUCGCUUUGUUCGAGGAGGUGAAACUAGUGUCAUGGUUUGUGGUGGAGCAGAGGCAUGUAUUAGUCCUUUAUCUAUUGCAGCAUUUUGUAGAUUAAGAGCAUUAAGUACCUCAAGAAAUGAAUCUCCACAAGAAGCUUCAAGACCAUUUGACAAAAAUAGAGAUGGAUUUGUUAUGGGAGAAGGAGCAGCUAUUUUAGUAUUAGAAGAAUUGAAUCAUGCAUUGGAAAGAAAAGUUCAUAUCUAUGCUGAAAUUUUGGGAUAUGGUCUCUCUGGUGAUGCUGUACAUUUGACUGCUCCAAGUGAAGAUGGAGCUGGAGCUUUUCUUGCUAUGGACAGAGCAUUAAAAGAUGCUAGUACUGACCUAAGUAAAAUAACUUAUGUUAAUGCUCAUGCAACUUCAACACCUCUAGGUGAUGCUAUUGAGCUGAAAGCUAUUGAAUCACUAUUUGGAGAGCACAGUAGCAAUGUUAUUGUAUCAAGUACAAAAGGAGCUCAUGGGCAUUUACUUGGAGCUGCUGGAAAUCUGGAAUCAGCCUUUACUGUUCUUGCAUUAGAAGAAAAAAUUAUUCCUCCUACAAUUAAUUUGCAUAGUAUUGAUGCUCAAACAAGAUUGAAGUUUGUUCCAAACAAAAUAUGUAGGUGGUUAACAGACUCGAGAAGAAUCGCUUUAAAAAACGCUUUUGGAUUUGGCGGAACUAACGCGUCACUCUGUUUAGCGCAAUUUAUUGACUAACAAAAAUUAUUUAUUAAACAGUUAAUGCUCU